AUGACGGCAGCUCUCCACUCCCACACGCUCGACAUCAUCUUCCGGUCGCGACCCGACAUACUCGAUGGCAUCAAACGAGCCGCAGACUCGCCCAGCCGCAUCGCCCUGUUCAACGACAUCGCCAGCCACGUCUACGCCCAGCUCCACGGCGGCGGCGAGCCGGCCCUGAAGAGACGCAAGGUCGAAGCCGCUGCCGCCCAGCCCGCUGCCGCCCAGCCCGACGAUGCCUCCCGGGAACCCGUCCUGCUGUCCGUCCAGGAGAUAUCGACCUCGGUCCCGCAGCGGAAGAAGUUUGAGCUGUGCUUGACCCAGAGCUUCCUGUACGCCCGGGCGCCGGGCGCGGCAGCUCCCGUCCCGCAGAUUGCGUACGCGUGGCGAGACAUCGAGUAUGCCUUCUUCCUGCCUGUGCCGGAAAAGACGCACGCGCAGCACAACUACGUCCUGUUCCCCCGAGGCACCAGCCUGCCGUCGAGGUCCAACCCACCCGCCUCCGCCGCUGAGCCGCUCGUCUUCACGGUCCCCGCCACGGCACCCCGGCCCGGCGCUGUCGGCGGCUCCGAGGCCCCGUCCGCUGCCGCCGUGUCCGACGCCCUCCCGUCCCUCUUCCACUGGGCCCUGGGGACGAGGCUGCGCGCCGCCGGCAACCCCGUGGCCAUCGUCUCCGCCGACCCGGCCGAGUUCCACAGCGCCGUGCGGCAGACCCAGCGCCCGCGCGAAAAGGCCGUCCACGUGAGCGCCUUCCGCGGCUCCAAGGACGGCUACCUCUUCUUCCUGGGAAACGGCAUCCUGUGGGGGUUCAAAAAGCCCCUCCUGUUCAUGCCGCUGAACCGCAUCGCCGCCAUCAGCUACACCAACGUGCUGCAAAUCACGUUCAACAUGGUCGUGGAGACGUUCACGGGAGACGGCGAGGCCAACGAGGAGUUCGAGUUUGGCAUGCUGGACCAGCAGGACUACGGCGGCAUAGACGACUACGUCAGGCGCAACGGCCUGCAGGACCGGAGCAUGGCGGAGCAGCGCAAGGCGAAGCUGCAGCUGGCGCAGAACAGGGGCGCCAAGAAGGUAUGCGAACCCGGGGAACCCGGGGCGGCUGGCGGCGGCGGCGGCGACGACGACGACGACGACGACGACGACGACGAGCAAACGGAAUUGGAAAAGGCGCGUCUGGAAGCCGAGCAGCAGCUGCAGGAUGAGGAGGACGAGGCCGAGGAGGACUACGAUCCGGGCAGCGAAGGCGACAGCGAGGGGUCAGGAGGCUCUAGCGAGGAAGAGGAAGCCGACGAGGAAGAUGGCGAGGACGAGGACGAGGACGUCGACCAAGACGGUCAAGACGACGAGGAGCAAGGGGAGCAAGAGGAGGCGGAAAGAGAAACAGUCGACGUCAAGCUCGAGGCGGCCUCGCACCCAGCGAGGCCCAUCAAGCCCAUCAAGCCAGUCAAGCCAGUCAAGCCCGCCAAGCCCGCCAAGCCCGCCAAGCCCGCCAAGCCCGCCAAGCCCGCCAAGAUGCUCAAAGUAGAGGCUGUCAAGGACAAUCUAGCCCAGGUUCCCAUACGAAGAUCAGGUGCGUCGGGGCGACACUCCCACAUGUCAAACGACAUGGACGCGCCGGAAAAGUUUGACGUCAUCUAG